UGAAUUUUUUUGACCUUCACUCUCACAAGGCACAACUCGUUGCGACGGCUGUCGUGGCCACCGUCGCCACUGGCAGUCUUUUCUCUGCGCUCAAUGCAUAUUCUAGACGUGCCAAACGGCGUGCUCUCAAUGACGAUGUUCUACGUUCUAUCUCAACCAAUGGGUCUAAUUACAAUAUUCAAAAGCUCUUGGACAAGCCUAAGCCUACUGAGGAGAUAAUGUUCAAGCCUCGCGACACUCCUUUCGAUGAGGGACUCAUCAGGGAACAGCUUGCUCGAAACUACGCGUUUUUUGGCGACGAAGGCAUGGCCAAAGUUCGUUCUGGCAGCGUAGCCGUCAUUGGCUGUGGUGGUGUGGGAAGCUGGGCAGCCGUCAUGCUGGUUAGAUCUGGCGUGUCCAAAAUACGUUUAGUAGACUUUGACUAUGUCACGCUGUCUUCGCUCAAUCGUCAUGCCACGGCGACAGUGUCAGAUGUGGGGAUGCCGAAAGUCAAGUGUAUUGAGAAGGCCUUGAAGCAGAUUUCUAGAUGGGUAGAGGUCGAUUCGCGAGUAGAAAUUUGGCGAAAGGAAGAGGGUGCCAUGCUGCUUGACGGUGUUGACUGGGUCAUCGAUGCCAUUGAUAACAUCACGACCAAAGUUGACUUACUCAAGUACUGCCACGAUAAUAACAUCAAGGUCUUCUCCUCCAUGGGUGCUGGCGCUAAAUGUGAUCCCACGAGGGUCCAAAUCAGUGAUAUUUCGUACACCAUUUAUGAUCCGCUUGCCCGUUCUGUUCGAAGGAGACUGCGCUUGCUCGGCGUCUCCUCAGGAAUACCGGUGGUAUACUCCACAGAAGUACCGAGCGAUGUCAAACUCCUCCCUCUCCCCGAGGAAGAAUUCCAAAAAGGCGCUGUCAAAGAGCUCGGCGUGUUCGACGAUUUUAGGGUCCGCAUCCUACCCGUGCUCGGUCCCCUCCCUUCGAUCUUUGGAUUGCACAUUGCAACGUAUAUACUCUGUGAUUUGGCAGAUAAACCCAUCUUAAAUCCCCUACCCAUUAAGAACCGAAGAAAACUAUACGAAAGAAUGCUUCGAGAUCUUCUCAAACGAGAGUCACAAUUUGUCGGGGAAACGAUCAAUAAACUCCCUAUUGACGAUGACGAUGUUUCUUUGAUUUUGGAAGAUUUCUACCGUGGUAGAUCCGUUAUUCCACCCCAUGAGGUUCCUACACGGCCAGUUUUGGUACGGUGGGACUUACGGCGUCCUCUUAGUCUGGAUAACUGCGUUGUGAUGGGCCACAGCGAUGGCGAAAGGCAUAUGAAGGCUUGUCGGACAGAAGCUGGCGAGAUUCAAGAUCCGAAAAACGUAUGGAACGAUAAGGUUCAAGAUGUGGUGGAUAGGCGCGUCCGGGAAAUUGGGCAGUACCUACAAUGGCAGGCUUGAGGCGCUUGGGAGGAUGAGAAGAUUCCGUCAUGAUUUCUUGUUGAUGCAAUGCUGUAGGACAGGUUCUCCGUGUGAUGCAUCUUUUUCUCACCUUGUAAGCGCUGCGCGCUGAGACCUAUUUGAACGAUAAGCACGCAACGAUCUCUGUUUCAAGUCGCAAAGU